GGCGAAGAGGAGGAAGAUCUUCGAGAGCUUGGAGAAGACCGUGGUCGCCAUGAUGGUUUUGGAGUUUGUGAUGACGACUUUGUAGAUGAGAUGAGAAGAUAGAGAAAAAUUUGGUUGGGAAGUUGUGUAGCGAUUAGAGAGGGAGUAGUUGAAAAAAAACUGUUACAUUUCAAUUCAAUUAAUGAGAGAGUGUUAGUGACACGUGGCGGGAAGUUAUUAGUAGGUGUACUGAAUUGAUAAUGUGAGCGGCGUAGAGGAGUGAUGCUCGUCUCCGAUAUCGAAAUUUGGAUCUGAGGAAAGGGAAAAGAAAAGUGGGAAGAAGAAUCGAAGAUGGGAGAUUCGAGGUCGUUUGCGGAUGGAUUCAAGGGGUUCUGGGAGGAGAGGUUGUCGUUCCUGGAGAAUUACACGAGGUUCACCAAACGCGAUGCGCCUCUUCCUUCUUGGUCUUCCUCCGACGUCGAGGAGUUUAUAGCUUCCGAUCCCGUUCAUGGACCCACCCUGAAAACAGCUAGGGAAGCUGCGACUUUUGGUGUUGCUGGAGCUGCACUUGGAGCUCUAUCUACUGCCGCUUUUGCCUGGAAAUACUCUAGGAGUCCGCAUGGUGCUGCAUUGUCCUUCUUAGGAGGAGGUGUUUUUGGUUGGACCUUUGGGCAAGAAGUUGCGAACCACACCUUGCAGCUCUAUAAGUUGGACACAAUGGCUGCUCAAGUUAAGUUCAUGGAAUGGUGGGAGCGCAAGACUCAAUGAAGGUCAUGAAUCCCAAAUAACAAAGAUGCAUGCUAUCUUGCAAACAGCUUGAAAUGCAAUAAAUAGUUUAAAUCCAUUUCCAGACUUUAUCUUUUCAACCUUUUUAUUACCGUUCUCAAUCUUGGAACAUGUUUGUUUGCCUUUGUCUCAAUAAUACAACAUGCCCCAGAGUGCUUUGAAAA